AUGUAUUUAUCUACAUCAGCCUGUUUAAAUAUAUCUACAUCAGCCUCUUCAAAAUUAUCUACGUCAGCCUUUUCAAAUCUAUCCACGUCACCCUCUUCAAAUCUAUCUACAUCAGCCUCUUCAACUCUACGUCAGCCUCAUCAAAUCUAUCCACGGCACCCUCUUCAAAUCUAUCUACAUCAGCCACUUCAAUUCUAUAUACGUGAGACUCUUCAAAUCUAUCUACGUCAGCCUCUUCUAUCUACAUCAGCCUCUUCAACUCUACAGGUUCUUAUCUUGAUUGGAGCGUCAAAAGGAACUAUUCGCCCUUCUACCAGUUCAUAUGUCGGUACGUUCAACUUUUAUUCCGUAUCUCGCUGCGAUAUAGAAAGUAAUCAUUGUCGAAUAGAUUUAACGUACCGUCGACACCUGGCGACUGGAGUCAUACAAGCAAAAGUGCACCGGGUUCCGCGCUGUAAUUCAUGUGAAAUAAGUCGAAGAGGAAAUAUUAUUUUAACUAUGUCUUUUCGCGUCAAUUAUAAUUUAAUAUCUAUCUAUCUAUCUAUCUAUCUAUCUAUCUAUCACCUAUAA